AUGAUUGGCUUUGGAUGCGUUACUGUCUAUCUAACUGUACGCUACUUGCCUGAACUGCCUGUAAAUCUCCGAUUCACGCAUAAUGUGUCUGAGCCAUACUGGUUUCGGGCUGGCCAAGCCAAGCAAAAACCCUUAGAGGCACAUUUUGGCGCUCUGGCUAGGUCGAAUUUCUAUCCUGCACAUUCUUGUUUUCUGGUAUACCCACCAGCUUCUUCCACUCCAUAUGCCCCCUCAACUCUGCCUUCCCUGCUUUCCACCCGACUCUCCAAUAUGACCGCCUCCGUGACUACUUUGGUACCAUUAUCUCCAACCUGGGCUCCUCUCGAUCGCACAAAUGCCAACAAAUGUACAUCGGACUACCAUGGUAUUGGUUACUCUGACUACUCGGUGACUGGGCUCAAAAUGUGUCCAACGGGCGGACAGAUAGGGCAACAACACUACCAACCAGUGACGUUGUAUACAUCGACUUCGGGUCCGAGUCACCAUAGCACCAUGAAUUUUCCAGCAAGCAGACCAACUGCCAUAUAUAACCACUCGAUGCGCGGAGCCACUCCACGGCCCCAGCAGCCACAGUUCGGCACGGGCCCUGGUCCAGGUCCGGGUCUCGGGGCGUUCGGCUAUUCUGCCCCAGUGGCCAGGCGGCGAACCACCCUCGGACCACAUGUUAUGACUUCCUUUAGACAGCCACAUAGCACGACAGCAAUGAUGGCGGCAGAGGAAACAGGCGUCUCGGAGUUUUAA